UUGGAAUCUUUUUGUAUUUUAUAAAAGAUUAAGAAAUUUGAAAAAAAUACAUUUUGGACCCAAUCUUUUUAAUCUCAAAUUUAAUUGGAUUUUGAUUUGAUGUGAUCCGCAGAUGUCACCUAUACUAAUUUCAUAACUAAAAGGUCACCUUUAGUUAAAUCUAAAUCUUCCGCUCUCUCGGAUGACCAGUUUUACCAGCUUUAAGUGUCCUUUUGUUUAAUCAUUCGAUCGGUAUUCGAAGCUUACUGAUUUUGACUAAUUAGAACUCGUGUCGUACAGGGAAUAUCUCUCUAUUAGAACUUAGAAGUCUGUCCAUUUCUACAACUCGAAUACAAGACUCUAAUAGGUGGAAAAACCUUAUCCAGUCUACCACAUUUGUUGAUGACUCUGCCGGCAUUAAGACUCUUUUGGCGUGAAGUUGAAGGUCACUUUCAUUACAGUUUUGUAUUCCUUGGAAUCUCUUAUCCUCACUUUGCUCUGCUUAUAUGCAGACAAAGGUCACUUUCAAGAAACAUAAUAUGCGCAUAAUACUCUGCUUAUAAACAAUUCUUUGAGAGGGUCUAAAGUUGUACAAGAAAACUAAAUCAACAUAUUCUCAGUGACGGAAAAUGGAUAUCAAAGUUGAGAUCAUCUCUAAAGAAAUAAUCAAACCGUCUUCUCCAAGUCCUAAGAGCCCUAUCAGCCACAAGCUCUCUCUUUUAGAUCAAAAGGCUCCAAAUUGUUACACUACUUUCGUUCUCUUCUACCACAAGAACUCAAGCAGUAAUUUGGAAAAUAUUUUUGAUUCUCUUAAAGUAUCCCUCUCAAAAACCUUAAAUCACAUGAACCCACUUGCAGGAAGAGUAAAGGAUGGAUUUACAGUAGACUGCAACGGCCAAGGUAUUGAUUUUUUACGUGCCAAAGUUCAUGAAGACAUGUCAAAUGUGCUUAAGAACGUGAAAAUUCAAGUCCUGAGAAAAUUACUACCAAUGAAUCCAUUGACAAGAUCAGAUGACAAUGUCUUGUUGGCACUACAAAUAAACUGUUUUGAUUGUGGUGGAAUUGCAAUAGGUGUCUGUAUUAGUCACCUUAUAGCUGAUGGUUCUUCCAUUGCCACCUUCCUCAACACUUGGGCAAGCGUUUGUCUUGAGAAAAAUGACAGCAUUAAUAUUUCAGACAAUUUGUUCAUGGAUUGUACUUCCGUUUUUCCACCAAAAGAGGUCCACAAUUUUUCGGUGUUUAAAUUUGGGAAAAAAGAUCAAAUUCCACCAAAAAUGGCAGCAAGAAGAUUCGUGUUCGAUGAGUCCAAUAUUUUGGCUCUGAAAACAAAUGCAGAUUGUUCAACUUCUCGAGUAGAGGCUGUGUUAGCAUUUGUAUGGGAAGCAGUUAUUGCCGCUAUGCAGAAAAGGAACAAUAAUAAUGCUAUCAAAAAUGGCAGAAGGGUCUAGGACCCUGAACUUGUCAAUUUUUACUCAGUGUACACUUAAACUUUACGUUGGCCUAAUUACCCCCUUAAACUUGAAAAUAUGAUAGGCACGACCCCCUGGACGCUGACAACUCAUGGAGGUGGUCUACACGCGCUGCCACAUGGAUUUUUUUGUCCAUAUGACAUUUUUUAAAGGAUAAAAUAUAUAUUUUUUACUUUUUAAGUUCAACAAUUAUUUGAAUCAUCUUUUUCGGGCCAAAUCUGUAAAAAAAGAACUUGAAAAUAUUUUGACUAUAAUUUUUUUGUUUGCCUAAAGAUAAUGAUAUUC